UUGAGGCAGGCCCUCGCACUUUCCCUACGGACGAUGCCUUUCAUUCCUUUUCUGUUCAUGUUCCAGAAGGGAAUGGAAGGGUUUCCGAAGAGCAGCUAUGGAGCAAUGGCUGAAGGAAGGGUGGACGACAGUGGAUUGGAAGCACCUUCUUUGAGGAUCAUCCUGGUGGGAAAAACAGGCAGUGGGAAGAGCGCCACAGGGAACAGCAUCCUCUGCCGGCCAGUGUUCGAGUCCAGGCUGGGGGCCCAGACAGUGACCAGGUCCAGACCCAAGAGCUGGUGGAGGACGUCGGGCAGUGCUACCUGCUGUCUGCCCCGGGGCCCCACGUGCUGCUGCUGGUCACCCAGCUGGGGCGCUUCACGGCCCAGGACGUGGAGGCGGCGAGGAAGCCACACGGUGGUCCUCUUCACCCACAAGGAAGACCUGGGGGCUGGCUCCUUGGAUGAUUACGUGGCCUGCACAGACAAUGUCCACCUGCGGGGCCUGGUGCAGGAGUGUGGGGGGCGGUACUGCGCCCUCAACAACCGGGCGUCCGGGGAGGAGCAGCGCACGCAGCUGCAGGAGCUCAUGGCCGUGGUGCAGGGGCUGGAGGGCUGGCACCAGGACUCCUUCCACAGCAACGACCUCUUCCUGCAGGCUCACUUGCUGCAGCAGGCCGGGGACGGGGUCCUGCCCGAGGAGCGCAGGCGCUACCUGCACAGGGUGAGGCAGCACCUGGACAGACAGAGGAGGGCGCUGAGGGCGGAGCAGGGCAGCUGCUGCUGCAGGGCGGUGCUCGCUCUCAGAGCCUGGAUGGCUUCGCACCUGCUCCUCACUGCCCUCCUGCUCCUGGCUACCUUGAUCGUUAUUGCUGUCUCCAUCAAUCUGUGUAUCACGCAGGGGAAGUGAGCGUGCCCACUUGAUUUCUAGAAUGAGUUUUCUUCCGAUUCUCCGUCAGUGUCCAGGGGUAGGACACACCCUCUGCAUCACAGCUGUCAAACAUGUUCCUGCAGGUGCUUUUAAGUCAAUAAAACUGAGAGGAAACUACAGCUACCAGCACAACUAUGCUUAUUGCAGCAUUAUUUACCAUAGCUAAGAUAUGGAACCAACCC